AUGCCGAGAGACGGCUGCAAAGAAUGCUCGCGACGUCGCAUCAAAUGCGACAAAGGCACGCCUGAAUGUGCUAAGUGUGUGAAGAAGGGUAUCCAAUGUACUGGCAUCGGUCGCCAAAUCAGGUUUGUGGAGGGAACAAUCUCGAAAGGAAAGCGCAAAGGGCACACUUUCUCCAAUGUUCCGGAAUUUGCGACACGAUUGAGCCAACAUCUGGAAACCACGCCUGUAUCAAUGCCGCCAUUGGAGACACAGACAGAAACUUCUGAGCAAAAUGCCAUUGUUGGCGCGUCUAUCGAAACUGUUAGAAGCCUCGAAGAUGACGACACCGAUGCGGAUGUAGAGGAGGUUGAACUAGUCCCUCGCCAGGGACGAGCUUACAGUCCAACACACAAUCUGUUGGACGAUAGCACUACCAUUACUUUCCACGUCGACCCUGGCGCUGAUCUGAAACUUGAGCUAUUGAAGCCUGGUAUACAAAUGCUCUUCAAUCAUUUUUCGCAGAGCAUUGCAUCAAUCAUGGUCAUUUUUGAUACCGGUUUCAAUGGCUAUCGCAAUUUUUUGCUCCCCAUGGCCUACCAAGAUGACCUUGUGCAGCGUGCAGUGUCUGUUGUCGCUGCCUUCCACUUAUCAACAAAGAGACCAGAUCUUAUUCCUCUUGCAGAGACUGGACUUGCCGAAAUUAUUAAGAGGCUACGUGCAGAUGCGUUUGCGAAAGACAGCAACGGAGUGUUCAGCACGUCUACAUGGGCUACUAUCAUCCUUCUCUUGGUUGGAGAGACUGUCACUGGCUCUCGAGACUUCGUUCAUCUUUAUCCUAUGCUCACCAACCUUCUGAGCCACAACAUGCUCCUCGAAACAGAAAUGUCAGCCAAGAGAGGAUUCUUGCUCCAGCAGUCCCGAAUGUUCCAGCUAUUUACUCCACCUCUUCUUGACCUAUCUCAAGGCUGCAAAACUUUUGAGAAGGAUCUGGAUUUCUACCUUGACUUUAUAUUCUCCCAGCAUUACCCAGACGACCCAAGGGUUUUGGAAAAUACGGUAAUCUUCCGCGAGGCCAUUAAGCAAGCAAAGAACAUAUACAUGCGACAAGCCUUGGACGACUAUCAACAAGGGCAACUCUAUACCGACAUCGAACAACUGCGCCGUUUGGUACUGCCAAUCCAUGCGGACAGUCCUUGCAUGCACACACUACCUUGGGUAUACUUUAUCGCAGCAGCUUCCAGCAAAGAUACAGAUCAUAGGAACUUUUUCGCAGGUAGACUUGCCCAGGUCUACGAGAAAACACGGAUGAACAGUAUCAUUGUGGCCCUGGAACGUCUCGGACAGAUCUGGUUAUUACAACCAAAUGGUGAAUGGGCCCGGAAUCCUAGCUUGGUGGAACCGGUUCUAAUAAUAUGA